AUGGAUGAGUCCUGGCACCACUCCAGCACCUGGCUGGUGCCGCUGCUGUUCACAGACCCCUCCGGCCUCUGCUGGACAACACAGGCACACAAUCAGGGGUCCCGCACAAGCCGCAGCAGAGCAGAGUACGGCCACUUUCUUGCUGGCCGCACCUCUUUAGGCCUAUGGUUACAAGCUGGUGGUGUCAGCCUAAAGGUGAACUGGGACCAAAUCCGAACGGAGCUUGAACUUGUUGACUGGGAAGCGCUAAUGACAGGGAAGGAUGUUAACACCUCACUGAUGCUCCUACAGGAAAAGGCCCUGGACAUCUGCAAACAGUGGACCCCACGGAAAGGUAACCGGACAAAGCAGCUCAUCCCAAGGGACAGGAAAAUCCUAAUGAGAAAAAGGUCAACUCUGAAGAAAAAAUUACUCAGUGUUCCAGAGCACCACACAACAACAAGGAGUCGGAUUCAAGACCAGCUAGAUUCCUUGGAACAUCAACUGAUGGAAUCCCAUGAGGAAGAGAGAGCCAGAGAUGAAAGAAGGGCAGUGUCAAACAUCAAGGAGAACUCAAAAUACUUCUUCACGUACGCCCGGAAAAAACUCAACGGACGCGCCCCAGUAGGCCCUCUGAUAACGGACGGUAAUGAGACUGUGAGCUGCCCAAAGGAAAUGGCCGAGCUGCUCCGCCAACAGUACGACAGUGUCUUCAGCACCCCACUGCCGAACAAGAUGGUAACAGACCCUAUCUCCUUCUUCCAAGCCCCAACAGAAGAUCACCAGCUGUUCACCGAUAUAGAAUUAGAAACCGGGGACAUUGUAGCAGCCAUCAACAGUAUUGCACCGGACUCAGCAGCAGGACAGGACGGCUUCCAUGCCAUACUGCUAAGAAACUGCAGGAAUGAACUGGCAAAACCACUUCAGCUACUGUGGCACAAAUCACUAAGUGAAGCGACAGUCCCACCACUACUAAAGACCGGGAUAGUAACUCCCAUCCACAAAGGUGGCAGCAGAGGACAAGCCAAGAAUUACCGUCCUGUGGUCUUAACAUCACACCUCAUUAAAAUAACAGAGAUCAUCUGCACAAAGCUCGUCGACCACCUAGAAAAGAGGAAUACCUUAAACGAGGGACAGCACAGAUCUAGGAGAGGUCGUUCCUGUCUCUCACAGCUACAGAAGCACCACCAAGGAAUACUCGAGGCAGUGCAGGAGGGCAGGAACGCAGACGUCAUCUACCUAGACUUCGCCAAGGCCUUCGAUAAGGUGGACCAUGGGCUACUGCUACACAAACUCAGGGCUCAUGGUAUCAGUGGCUUGGUGCUGGGACCACUUCUGUUCCUGGUCAUGAUACAAGACAUCGAUCAAGAUCUCCAGCAUGCCAAGGCCACAUCCUUCGGAGAUGACACGAGGAACCUUAAACAUGUACAAGCCCACAGUGACACUGCCCUGCUACAAGCUGACGUGGACCGAGUGAUAACUUGUGCAGAGGAGAACAACAUGCUGCUAAACAGUGACAAAUUUGAGGUACUUAGAUAUAGCCCACUACAGGAGCUGAAGACCACAACAAGUUACAUCUGCAACCAGCAAACCAUCGAAAGCAAACACCACGUCAAGGAUCUUGGAGUGUAUGUGAGUGAUGACGACACCUUCACGUUGCACUACAACAAGAUCACAGCAACAGCCCAAAGACUCACUGGUUGGAUACUACGCACCUUCAGAACCAGGAAACAGGACUCGGCGCCGAGACAGGUACAUCAUCAUGUACGUGUGAAGACACUUGAGAAGCUGGUACCAAAUGCCGGCCUCCAGGAGCACCACCACCCAAGGCGCGGCAGGCUGUGCUACAUCAAGAGGGCUGAAGGUGUGUCCUCAAGAGUGAAAACCAUCGUGCACAACAGCUUCACCCACACUGGAGCACGCCUAUUCAAUGCAGUGCCUCCCAGCAUAAGGAACCUGACUGCAGCAGCACCCGACACCUUCAAGUACCACCUGGACAAGUGGCUGUCAACAGUACCUGACCAGCCACCAGCGCCAGGUUAUCCCAGUGGCAACGGAAAUCGUCUGGCCUCUUAG